CCAUGUCAGCCAUCAUGUCAGCCGCGUGCAUGAGUUUCUGAAAAAUAACCAAGAAGAUCUACUGAUUCCCGAGGCGACAAAUCUGAGGAGCUUCCUGUUUGCAUGUCUACUGGUCAUUUUUACAUGUGCAUGUCACAGGCUGUCAAUAAGGACUAAAGACUGACAUCUGAGAAAUCUCCAGUGUGCAGAUCCACAAGUGAUGCAUGUGCAUGUAAUUCAGCUGUCGGGGGAAAAACAGAAGACUGACAUCUGAGAAAUCUCCAGUGUGCAGAUCCACAAGUGAUACCUGUGCAUGUAAUUCAGCUGUCAGGAAAAACAGAAGUGGUUGUUCGAGUGAAGGUUGACUCGCCAAGAUUUCUCAGCAUUCUCUUGAAGGUGUGAAUGCUGUGGAUGUUUGUGUCAACUCCAUCAGGAUCGUACGUGCAGCUGCCAGUGGUGGUUCAAGCAUUCAUGUACCUCAACGAGUCAAGAUUUUGCAGCAUUCUCUUAAGUGGUCCUUUACAGUGACGGUGACAAAUCAAGAGUGUGCAGAUGAAUCUACAAGUUGAGCUGUGGCUGGUCGCACCAUCUCCAUCAGUUUCAGAUAAUGUAGCUGUCAGUUAAAUGUACAGCCAGAAUAGUACCUCAAUAUGUGGACGAACUGGUAUUCGAGACUCUUCAGUUGCAAUAUGAGUCAGACAGAAGUCCCCACUCUACGUAUAGAAUCCGAAGGUGGUUCUUCCCAGUGAAAAUUGACAAGGCAAGAGUGUGCAGGAGAAUCUACAAGUUGAGCUGUGACUGGUCGCACCAGCUCCAUCAGUCUUAGAUGAUGUAGCUGUCAGUUACAGCCAGAAUACUACCUGAUUAUUUAAGGGAACUGCCUUUUAAGUGUACUGCAGACCAUUCAGUUGCAAAAUGAGUCGGAAAGAAAUAGCCACUGUACCUAUAGGUUCCGCAGGAUAAACUUUACAACAGCUACUUCCACCCAAUACUAACCGUUUGUUCAUGCUACUUGAAAUAAGUGAGAAGUAGUUUAUUUAUAUCUAAAACAAUUGAUUUACCUAUUAUAUGUAGUUCUGCGGAAGUACCAGUGUAGAGUGAAACAAUACACUAUUGCUUCACAUUUUUGUAGUCAGUACAGUUUUAUCAAUUGCGCCACAAUGACCUCCUCAGGAAAUACAAACACUCCCGAGUGUUUGAUGUGCAAGUCCCCAGUUGAAAACAUGGAUAACAGCUGGAGGAGGUACAGCUUGAGGCUCUCAGGCCCUUCCCUUGAACAGUUUGAAGGACAGGAUGGAUUCCUUUGUUCUUCAUGUAAAUCAAAGCAUCUGCAACAAACUGCCAGUCAAACACAAAUUGGUCAAGCGAAGAAGAGACCUAGCUUCUCGUUUUACUCGACACAAAAAGGUCGUAAAAAGCCUAAGUAUAGUGUACCACAUUCUAAAGUGAAUACCCAAUCCAAGGGAGUCUUAAGUAAAUGUAAAUUGAUACAGUAUCUCUCAAAGGCAAUCAAGACAAAUCAAUACGCUCAGGCUAUCAGGGCCAUUCUUAAUCAUAGAAAAAGUUCGAAGAAAGCAUUCUGUACGGUUGCCAGCACAGCUGUCCGACAAGAAAUCCGCAGGUGUGCACUUAAAAUACUCCAAUGGUCUCUGAACGCUAAAAAUAUUGCAACCUUCAAAUGGGGCAGAGUUGUUGAGGAGGCUACUUCGCACAUGCCAAUUCUUGUAAAUGUUCUUCAAGGUGCUCUUUAUCGUCACCAGGCAAGGAAAGCAACCAUUUGCAUGCCUGACCAGCGCCUGGGCUUUAUUUUGUCGUUGAUUUUGUAUUCACAUAAGCAGAAAUACAAUUUCAUUCAAAGCUGUGUGUCUUUGAAGCUGAAGAGACAUGGAUGUUCAAAUAGUCUUUUUGACAGUUUGCAUGCUCUUGGUGUAUGCUUAAAUCGAAGACUCAAACCCUCGCCAAAAGAUAUGGUAAGGACAGACUACACUGAAAAACAAAAACAGUGGCAGCUCACUCUGAGUCAACAGCUCAAGUCAAUUGCCACAUCUGUGGCAGACGGUGAGACCCAAGGAACAUCCCCUUGUAGUGAAGAGCAAGCAGCUCCUUUGAAUGAAACACAUUUGCCUGUAGAUGACCUGGAUGAUGAUAAAGGGUCUUCUGAUAUGAGUGUGUCUGCUGACGACAACUCUGAUAGUGAUCCUCUGUCCUCUCCUGUUGCAGAAUCUGCUUUAGCUGUAGCAAACUUAGAUGAUUUGGCAAGCACUUCGAGCAGUAAACAUUAUUCAAGCAUUGAGAAAACAUCACAGCAAAGAAAAGAUCAGGCACCUAAGGUAAAGCACAUGCAUCCUGCAUUGCAUAAUUCACUAAGAUUGAAAUACCUGGAACCUGGGUAUAUCAUAGUGUGCGACAGUGUGUUGGUGGAGCUAGCUAGUCCUCGCAGUGGAUACAAAUUACAGGCUUCAACCUUUGCUGUAAGGAACAGAGUUGGAUAUGACCAAUCGUUGGAUUACACAGUAAAACGUGCAGAAGAAAUUCCUCUUUCAUGUUUUCUUCCAACUUCUGAUGAUUGGGAAGGUUUGAAGCAGAGAAUGUGCCAAAUUUUGGAGCGCAUUUUGAAAGAUCAUUUGCCGUUUUUGAAAGAAGUGGAAUGUUCUGUUCCUGAGCAACACCAGCACAGUGAUGCCUUGAGUGAAAGAAGUCAAAUCGCCAGCUUAGGCGUGAUAGAUAAAAACCCCUACAGCACAUCAGGCUCAGUCCGUAUAGUUGAGUCACUUCAUCAGUUUGUUCCAUCGUAUGGUGAUGACACUUUGUACCCAAUUGUGUGCUUUGGGGACGGGCUCUCUGUGAUGAAAAUGGUUGAUGCUAAAUGUGCAAAAGCUAACGGGGUUUCAGCAGCAGAUAGGUUGGAGGGACUAGUGCAGUGCCCGCAAGACUUUCACCGAAGAGGAGUUUUACUCCAAGACACAAUGGAUAGAUUCUUCAAAGAGGACAGUACUAAAGAGACAGGUACACUUUUCCAGAUUAAAGAAGACUUUUUUCAUCGUUCUGUCAAGCAGAAGGUCGCUGAAAACUUCAAUGAUGUCGAAAAUCUUCUGAAUUUCUGUACACAUGCGCUCAGCACCAUGCUAGCACUCAAGCUUGGCAAGUUAGAUGGAACCACCAAAACUCCUGCAGAUUUUCCAACUUCAAGAGGAGCCUCCCAGAAAAGGACAUGGCUCACUGAAUUCACCGAAGAAAUGGUAGAUUUCUUAUGGCCAACACUUCCAAGUGAUUGCAGCCUAGAAAACGUAUGUAAGCAAAACAAGACACAGGUUUGUCUUGACAAGAAAGACUUUGGUGAUAUUCUUGAUGACAUGGUAAAAGACACCAAUGGCUGCAAAUGUGGUGAGUCCAGUGGAGAAGGAAUGAUCCGAUGUUUCAACGGAAAAUGUGGUGCAUGGUUUCACUACUCUUGUGCAAAUGUUGAUGGUCCCGUGGAAGGUGAUUGGUGGUGUUCAGCAGAGUGCCAGGCUUCCAAGUCCUACAUAUAUUGUAAAUGCCAUAAAAAGACAGGGAAGGAAGGCAAUAUGGUCCAGUGUGAGAUGCAAAGUCAUUGUACUUCCAAUGAGUGGUACCAUGCAGAGUGCAUAAGAGGGGCUAAAGAUUUACCAGAUGAGUGGUAUUGUUCUCCUGCAUGUAAACGACUUGGCCGAAACCAAUCCAAAAGUGACGGGGUCCAGGAAUAUUCCAAAGCCUUGUUAUAUGAGGGUCUUUGCCAUCUAGCCUUCCGUGAUGCAGUACGUGAGGGUGAUGGACCAGCCAUCCUCAGCCACUGGAGGAUCAACACCCUACAGUUUUGGAACAGCAAACAUCUCAAAUAUUUCAUCUUGGCUCAUAACAUGCUGGCAGGAGUCAACGGGUUCUAUCCAGCCCGAGUUGCACAUGACAUGACCUGGAACAGAGUGGCAAAUUUAACGGGUCAGGCAGAUGGCAAUAUUGGUCUGGACCUGGUUAAGGAAAUCCCAACUGAUGAGUAUUGGGAAAUGGUGUCCAGAACACAAGAUAGGCAUCCAGAGAAAGGGGAACAGCAGGACAAACUGAGGGAUGAAUUUUUACGUAAUUUGGAAGGCAUCUUCUUGCAAUCUCAUACAUAUGAAGCAAAACAAGCUGCUCAGGAGCAACUCAAAUUUGAUCACGAUGUCAAGUAUUUCACUUCUGCAUACAUGCACGACGGCCUCUUUGAUUUUGUUCCGGGUAGACAUCACAAGUCCUUUCCAUUAUUCAAGAACACUGUAAAUGUGAACUGCCCUGAAUUAAUGGGGGAAAAGCUCUUGCAACUCAGUCAGUGUAUGGACAGUUGCAGAGAUGUUGCGAAGUCUUGAACAUGCAGUUGUCAAAUCAAUGCAGUCACCAUUGUAAAUAGGGGAAACUGAACUUCUACACGUAGAGGGUCUCAUGUAGAGACUUGUGCGUGUGCCAUUUAUUAUUUUAUGUCAAUUGUUUGGCCAUUUGAGAUGCAGAUUCCUCAUGACUGAGAGUAGACCACAUGUCUACAAUCUCGUUUAGUGACAUUUGUUAGUGCAAACCAUUUGUGCAAACUAAAUUCCAAUCAACAGUGGUUCAUCCUUGGUAGUUCUGUGCUUCAAAAUCUAAUCGUUGUUCGUACGUUACACAGAAUGCAUCAGUGUAAGGAUAUUGUUUCACCCUUGGACCCUUAUGUGCCUGGCAUUGAUGGAUUGGUGGUCUAUGCAUGAACAUGUAUGUAUCGACCGUGAAUGUUGUCGCUUGGAUUCGUAGGACUUAAUUUUCUUUUGUGCCAUAACAGUAUCUAGGAUUAUGCCUUUUAGUGCGUUUCCCAAUACUGCUUGGCAUCUUCCGGUACUACUUCUAUUCUGAAAACACUUCAAGUACAUUCGUUUUGACUUAGAGACUUGUGACGCAUGUGUCACUUUGACAAGGUACAAAGUUGAUCUACAAUGUAUUGCUUUGGAUGUGUUGUCAUUUGGCUGUCUUGGGACAGAUUUCGACGUCAUGUAUCAGAUGAACAUUUUCAUACCUCAGUUCCGGUGUAUGAUGUACGUGUAGUCCGUGCCUGCAGAAAUCUAGAUCGAUAUUGUGUAACACAUUUCUUUGCAUAUUUGUUUUUUUUGGGGGGGGUGAUAAGAUUUGAAGUUGUGUUCUUUUUAAUGUGCAUUUUUGUUAAGUCCUAGCAGCUACAUGUCUGACCUACAGAAAUCAAAAUAUCUCAUCAGGACUCCAAUGGGUGAUGUUACAAAGCAACAAGUUGUCACUAUUCUGGAUGUAUGUAACCAGCAAAAUGCCAUUGGCAAUGUAGUCCUACACAAGUGUCGCCAUACUUCAAAAAUUCAUGUGAUCUGGAGAAAAAAAUGUUUGUAUCGGCCUUACAAAGGGAGUCAGGUUGGCACAGUGUACUACAACUGCAACCUGUUUAAAACUAUCCCAUUCAAGUUGAUUUAUUUUUCCUUCAAGCCAGAUCUGCUUUGCCCAGCCAAGCUCUGUGGGAACUCAUUCAAGACUUUCCUUCCAGCUUUGACACUGAACUAGUCUUGGUUGUUAAACUUUCUUUCCAGAAUCUGUUGUAGAACCUGUGGUUUCUUGUCUUGGCCAGAACGAUCAGUAAAAACGUGGUUUUUUCUUAAAUUAAACCACAUGUUUUUCAUGCGCUGGUGUUCUGAGCUACAUAUAAGCCAAUCAUUUUCAAUUCUCCAGCUUGACAUUUAGGCAGAGUCUCUACUACCGCUAGGUUAACUUCCCCAGUUACUUCCUGUUGUGGCACACCUUAGUCAAGGUUUGCGACAGUACUCUGUUCAGUAAUUCACUCUGCUGUCUCCUUUGUCUUUAUCCAAACUGAUUCUGUCAUGCUUUCCCACCUUGGAAUGAUUUUUCUGUCAUGAUGAUGCUCUGAGUUAUGAUCGAUCAUGUGCUCUGAUACUGUCAAACCUUGGCAUAAUAUGUCAUCUUUAUUGUUCAUCACAUACCUGCAACACCUGAUGCAUUCACAUACCUGCAAUACCUGAUGCAUUCCUAAAACCAUGAUGAUACAUCAUCAUCAUUAUCAUACUUCUCUCAAUUUACUCAAGACAACCCAACCGCAGAAACACACACACUCACUGAAAUAUUUCAGAUGAUGGUGCCACCACUUCAUGUUACAAAAGUAGUUUUGAUACAGUUUCAUUAGCUCCCCUAUGAAAUACAUUGCCUACAAGUCAUACAAAUGUAUACAGAUCCAAUAAGUACCAAAAAAUCAUAAACAGAAUAACAAAACAACAAGUGCAUUAUUCAUGAAUAUUGAAACCAUUUGAGCAAACUUAUACCAGAAUUGUUCAGCCAAUCUAAACUCCUCAGCUCGCCCACAUUUUUAUGAAUCAUCUUGAAGGAAAAAUUGAGACCGAGUGUUUGCCAACUUUUAAACCCAAUAAUUUUUUUUUUGGACAAGAUGAACCAAUGUUAUUUUCAGGCUUCCUUUUUGGAAAUGAGAUUUAACAAAAGAAUCCAUCCAGGGCAAGUGGUUUUCUAGUUAAUUACCUAAUAUUUGGUAACAUUGUCCAGUUGGUAUUUAUCCAUCAGGUUGUUUUUUUUUAAUGGGGGGAGCAGCAUUUUAAUAUGUGCGAAUGUCUUAUAGACCGAUAUACUUUAUAUGUGUGGCUUAGAAAGUAUUGACUGAAAAUAGCCGUGAAUCUUUCCCUAGAAAUUUAGAAUGAAAGAUGUUCAUGCACAGUCGAGUCUUGUUAUAACAAACUCGUUCGGACCUAGCCAAAUUGUUUGUUAUAUCAGAAUUGUGUAUUAAGAGGAACCCAUUCAUUGUGCACAUAAAUGCACAGUCGGGACCAAGGCUUAAUGUUUGUUAUAACCAGAAUUUUUUUUAUGAACAGAGUUUGUACUAACAAGAGUCGACUGUACAUGUACAUAUUUGGGAUUGAAAGGGAGUAUGAAGCCAGCUUGAGCUGUUUGCUUGUUUUCUAAGUUUUUGGGGGGCGUCUUUGUGGGGGGUUUGGAUAUAAAUAUUGCAGCCUGAAUAUAAAUUGAACUAAAGCAAGUAUGCGGUUGAAACAAGAUUCCAUGUACAAAGCAUGUUAGUUAAUGUACAUGUACAGUUUUGCGUAACAGAAGAAUGUUAAGAGCGAAUGUAUAAAGUUCAACAAAAAUGCAUGUUUAGCCGGUACAUGUGUAUGUAAAUAGUACACCUGCGUACAGAAAUUAAUACAUGUAUUGUAUGCAGCAACAGUGAUUUGCCAGCACAAUUGUUUUUCUUAAUUUAUUUUUUAGUUUGUACAAACGAGAAGUUUGAAUGUUGACUUAAUGUUUAUGAUCGGUAUAUGUAAUGCUAAUUCUUGUGUUGAAAGUGUAAAUACUACUUGGCACAGUUAUAUCAUGUGCCAGGACAUUUUUUCUUUUCAGUUUGCACAAAAGAAAAAAGCUUGAAUUCCAACUUUGUUAUGUAUAAGUGAUGCUAACAUUGCAUCCAAAAAUGUAAAUACUAAGUGUAUAUCAUGGCAAAAGUUACACCAUGUGCCUGUUUUUAUAUAACAUCUACCUGUAUUGUUUUGUAUACCAUGGGUUUUCCACCCAGAUGAGUGUCACACAUGAGUUGUAACACAGUAGGAAUGACAAUGGUCUACGUGCACUUACACAUUCCAAAGAACUAAACUCCUGGAAAUUUCUGGGGAAAAUGUGGAGAAUUUGCAGUUUUUCAUGUGGAGACUUUUGCCAUUGACACAAAGUUUGUAAUUUCUCUCUUGUUUUGUUUUCAAUGGCUUUUAAUUAAAAACAAUUAAGUCAGAUUGUAAUAUUAGAAUUUGUGUACCUGAAAGAAAGCUAAAGAUGUUGAAAUUGAAGAGCAUGUUGCAUGCAUGCAGAGAUUGUUUUCUCAAAGUACAACAAAGGGUAAACAAUUUAGUUGAUGGUGUUACAUGUAACUUUGCAUAAAAAGAGAAACAUUUGAAAUUCAACAAAAUUUGAAUGUUAUGUUUUGCGAUGCUAAUGAUUCCAUUAGUAGUUUGUAAAUAUUAUUCAGUUUAACUAUUUGUCAUUUUGCUGCAUCUACAUGUAUUAUAUUAGAGGCACCAAAAUGAGUGUCCAUGAGAUCAAAGCAGUUCUGGGUUUUGCUUUGUUUCUGGUUUUUGGGUUUUUGGUUGUUUUUUUGUUUGUUUUGUUUUUUGUAGUAGUAGCAAGUGUUAGAACAGAUACAACCACGGUCUGUGAAAAAGUAGAAGUUGUAAAGAACAAAACACACCUGGGGAAUGUUUGGUUAAUUAUUAUUUUGCAUUUGAUGUUCAGUAACAUCAUGUGAUUUUGCACCGAGAUGAGUGCCAUGGGUGUAAAAAUAUAGGUUUUUGUGAGUUCUAAAAUUAGAAAUAUUAAGUAAUAGCGCAAGAAGUACACAUUACAAAAAAAUACCAAAAUCCUGGAAACUGAUUUUCCAUUCUGUUUUGGUGGAAAUAUACUUUUGACAUAAAUUUAGGUACAUUUUUUCUUACUUUCAAUUUCGAAAAAAAUCACAUCAGAUUUAUAUGUUACAAUUUGUGGGACAAGUGAAGUGAUCCAUGAAUUGUACAUGAUAGAUACAUGAACAUGUAUAUACCUUCUUCUUCUUUUUUACAUGUUAUGAGAUAUGCAGUGUACAGUAAGAAUGUGAUUCAGAAAUGUUUGGACAAAAGUUAAGUCCUUGGGAUUAUUUUUAAGUAGAUGUAGGAUUGAUGAUGACAGACAACGUUGCACUUAAGAGGAAUCCAAUCGUUUUUAAGAGGAAUCCUUAUUGGCUAUGUAUGUGACUAAUAGAUCAUUUAGAGAUUUUUGUGAAUGAUAGUCCUAGGUCUAACAAUUGCAAGGAAAUAUUGAUUCUUGUGUUCUUGCAUUCUUUAUUAUCAAACAAGUUAUCACAAAGUACAGUAUUUACACCAAAAGCACUUUAAAAACAUCCAUGUUGAUUGUAUGUUAACCAAAUGAAGAAGCGACAGAAGAAUGUUUGCAGGGAUUUUAUUUGUUUCUUAAAGAGUGUAAAUAUAGGUUCAUGUCCGGUACACACGACAGUCUUCCUAUCAGUCUUAGAUAUACAUUUUGUGAUACAGCACCAAGAUGAGUGCAACACGUAUCGUAAUACAUGUACAUGUACAAGUUAGUGUUACAUGUAAUUCGUUUCAUUUGGUAAAGGCUAAGAGAAAGUGCUGAUUCAAUACAGGCGUUUGUUUUGCCAAUUCUGGCUCCAUGCAAGUUCCAAUAUUCUCAUUAUGACUUAUGAGUGAAAAGAGAUCACUCAAAACCAAUCGUUUUAUUGACUAGCUGUGUAGGCCUUUUUGUAGACCACCACGGUGGAAGUACAGACUAUUGACACUGAGUUGAAUAUUAUGCCAAGGAGGAAGUGCAUAUAUGGAUAUGAAUCUUCAUGGAAAAUAUCUUAACAAACAAAUCACAUGGACAUUACAGAAUGUCAGAACCCAAAGGCCUAAGUCAUACUUGGAAUAGAAAGUAAUGGCCAUGAGCCAUCAAUAUUGAGUGACUAUUAUUAUUUUUGUGCGAAAUGUACACUGUACUUGCAUCUUAAUGAGUAAUAUGUUCUGGUCACCUGAAGGUUUUUGACUGAGUUAAAUUGUGAAACAUUUAAAACUGUUGUAAUUGUUGAAAUAAAAAUUAAUUUCAAUUGUUUAAAAAGAAAA